AUGCACAAUUACCCAACUCUCAGCAGCAUCCCGGAGAAAAGGGAGUUAGACGAUGACGUCAUCAAAUGGGUGCCGAAGAAGAAACACGAAGUCCUCAAAGCCAAAUACAAGUGCUUGAAGAAACUAUUUCAAAUAUACGACGCGAGCCUCAUAGGCAUCCUGCCUGAAACCUACGUCGAACCUAUUCCAGAGCCUAAGAGACGAAGGAAGAGAUCGCGCAGAACUAAAACCGACGCUGGCGCAGGAACCACUGAAGUUUCUAAUGGUGACGUCACUAUUAAGUCCGAAGACACAUCUAUACCUACAACUGUUAUAAGAGAACUACAGAGUCAAAUAUCCGAAUCGCAUAUAAGCAGAUCUUUAAGUAAAGACGAAUCAACGCAAGAUUCAAAAGAAAAUGUGUCCGUACAAAGCGAGAGAGAAUCUAGGGAAUCGAGGGAGUCUAGACAUUCGGAGUUUCAAGCUCCGUGCUAUAGAAGCAAGCGGCACAAACCGACGCGCUUUCAAUGCUUCCUGCAAAGGAUUUUCGGUUUGAAACCGGAGAGAAACUACGAUUACAAGAUCCAAAAUCCCAGAACGUAUGCGGCGAGUGACGAUGAUAUUGUAAAUCGCUAUGAAAAAAGGCGUCGUCGAGGCUUGCGGUUGAGGAGAGGUCGCAGGCCAAAGAAAAUACAUUCCGAGAUAGCUUUAAGGGAAUCGAAGAGCCCUGUUAUACUUAAUUAUGUACAGAGCGUGCAGAGGAAUUGCCUAAUGGACACUACGCCACGGCAGUGUCCUAUUGUUGGAUGUAGGAUGAUGUUUUAUGGGAUAAUAAACUACAACGACCAUUUGAACCUGUGCCACUUCCCCGAGCGGCGGCACGUAUGCCACUACUGCCACGAAGGGUUCGUGCUGGAACAGGAUAAGUUACUGCACGAAAAUGAACAUUUGGGCAUCACGAAGUUGAAUGCUAAUGUACCAAUACCUUCUACAGAACGACCAUCAGCAAAGAUGGCCAGCAUCACCCAAACCGAUCCAGAGCUAAAAAUCGACGUCCCAGAAGACAAACUCAAGAAGAUCGUGUCGUUCUUUGACAAAAUAACUGACCCCGAUCAGAUCAUCCAUGGGAUCAACAAGAAUCAAUAUGCAGAGUCAAGUUUACACACGUCUACUGAUACAGACGAGAAAUCUGACAGGCACUCGUGUGUCUCGCAACGCAAGAAGGUGUCUGACGCGUCGGACGUGACGUCGCAGUGUGUUUGUGACCCUGUCAGGUGUCAGAUGUGCGGAGAACAGUUUAAAUACCGGCGUCAACUGAGCCUUCACAUAAACGUGGAUCACAGACGAAACGAGAAAUUCACAAAAUUCCACAGUUGUGCAGGCAUCGUGAACAAAGCUGAGAAAAGCUCACCCUACCAGACAGAAACGGAGUCCUCUAACAGCGAUUCUAUAUCGGGAAAGUGUUUAGAUAAGGAAUCGUCUACCAAUAUUGUCUAUUAUACGUCUAUCGAAUCGAUUAAUAAAAAACCGUCUGUUGUUAAUUCGUUGGUGCAAAGAGUGCGUAGUGGGUUUAGUUAUAAGUGGGAGCCAGCCACUAAAAUUAUACGUGUGUAGUGUUAAAUUUAUGUGAAUAAUAUUGUAAAUGU